AUGAGAAGAAAGGUUGCACAGUAUAUCAUCGUAGAAGGAGUCAUGUAUAGAAGGGGAUUUUCCAUGCCACUACUUAGAUGUGUUACACAAGAAGAAGCUACACGGCUUUUGUCUGAAGUACAUGAUGGAUUCUGUGGCAACCACGCAGCUGGGCAAAGCCUAUCAAUUAAAAUACCAAGGCAAGGAUAUUUCUGGCUGACCAUGAUCGAAGAUUCAAAAGCUUAUGUUAAGAAAUAUGAUAAAUGCAAAAGAUUUUUAAAGAUACCCCGUGUAUCGCCUAAAGUCUCGGACAAUGGCACACAGUUUGACAUCCAAUUGUUCACUGAUUUCUGUGUGAACCAUGGAAUCAUAAAGAGUUUCUUUGCAGUGGCACACCUUCAGGAAAAUGGUCAAGUAGAAGCAUUCAAUAAGACACUUAAAGAUGCUUUGGAAAAACAAUUUGAAGAUGCUAAAGGAAACUAG